AACAAGCAUCAUAACCUGUUUUCUCACAUCGUUUUGCGUAUUUACCUUCGUAAUUGAAAUUAGUUACUAACAUCUAAAAUUAGGUGUAAAAAUGGUAAAGCUAACAGCAGAACUAAUACAGAGCUCAAUGCAAUAUAUAAAUCCUGUAAAAGAUCGUGAGCUGGAUUUAAGAGGCUACAAAAUACCGGAAAUUGAAAAUUUGGGAGCUACAGGGGACCAAUUUGACACUAUCGAUUUUUCAGAAAACGACAUUAGGAAACUGGAUGGCUUUCCGUACCUUAAACGAAUGAAAUGCUUGCUAAUGAACAAUAACCGCAUUGUGCGAAUCGGCACUCAUUUAGAGGAACACAUCCCCAACUUAGAAAGCCUAAUCCUAACUGGAAAUCACAUUGAAGAAUUGGCCGAUUUAGAUCCAUUAGCCUCAUUGGAGAAUCUCAACUGCUUGAGUUUACUCCAUAAUCCCGUAACCGCGAAAACUCACUAUAGGUUGUAUCUAAUCUACAAACUGCCACAAUUACGCAUCUUAGAUUUUCGUAAAGUGAAGUUGAAGGAACGUGAGGAGGCAAAGUCGCUUUUCAAGAGUAGAAAAGGUAAAGAGCUACAGAGAGAAAUCACAAACAGAGCGAAAACUUUCGUACCGGGGCAAAGCGUGGCAACACCAUCUAAGCGUCUUUCUGAUCAUGAAGUGCGUAAAAUACGGGAGGCUAUUGUCAAAGCAAGUUCACUGGAGGAAGUCGAGCGACUCCAACAUUUGUUGCAAUUGGGGCAAAUUCCUGGGCAGGAGUCACAAAACGGUGCAUUCAAUGGCGAAAAUGGAUUUGAGGCCAUGGAAACCGAAGCAGGGCAGUAGGUAUGACAAUGAGGUAUUAUUCACUCUUUCAAAUGCGUUUCUUUAUAAUGUAAGUUUAAGUUGAUAAGUUCUUGUACUACAUGAGUUCUAAUAAUUGUUUAUUUUGCGCCACUUUGGUUGUGAAGCGAUUCUAAUAAAAUUUAAAUACAAUUAA